GAGAGAAAUCGCUCGCAGUCGUGUCGCUCGGGGAGCUUUGCUUUGCUCGUCUCUUUCUCCUCCUUCACUGCCGUAAACCCCACCGCCAGGGUUCUUCCCUUUGCGAUUCCUCUCUGGUAAAAGCCAUUGCGCAAGCUCGCGACCCCCAAAUCGCUUCCUUCCCCCACGGAUUUCUUCUUCGCGGCCUCUGGUUGGAUCCCGACGAUGCAAUUCCUUCGUCGUGGGAUUGCAGCUCCCCAAUGGCGAACCAUCGGUGGCGGCGCCGGCUUUCCGGCGAGAAAUGCCGUGUCGUUUGGCUCCUCGUCGGCAACUGGGUCCCAAAUCGUGGCACCACCUUUGGCUCGUGAUGUUGCAAUUCUGACACCAUCAUUGGCCGCAGCAUUGCCUGCUAUCACCAGAUGCAUAACCACAGCCGGAGAUUCGGUCAAAGCCCCUUUGCAAGAUUCUUCAGUGCAUUUAACUGAUAUGCCUCCUCGCAUUAAAUUUAAGAGGCUGGAUAAAACUGCUAGGAACAUAAUGAAGAUUCUAGACAAGGAAGCAGUGGAGGAAGUGAAGGCUCAGAGGGACAUACCUGAUAUAAAACCUGGUUACAUCGUUCGAAUGAAAGUGGAAGUCCCUGAGAACAAAAGACGUUUAUCGACCUUGGAGGGGAUCGUCAUAGCAAGACGUAAUGCUGGUUUAAACAGUACAUUCAGAAUAAGGAGGCUAGUUGCUGGAGUUGGAAUCGAAUCUCUUUUCCCGCUGUACUCACCAAACAUAAAGGAGAUAAAGGUGCUGGACAAGAGGAAAGUAAGGAGGGCCAAGCUGUAUUAUCUAAGAGAGAGGCUGAAUCCACUUAAGAGGAAAUAGCAACCGCUGUAGUUAGUGCAUGUCGAAUUGCACUUUAGUCCAGAAACAGAGUAGGGUUUGUUUUGUUGAUGAGAAAUGGCGCAAUUUGUCAUGAUUAUUGUCAUCCUGGGACUAAUAUGUGGAUGCUUCUGGAAUUCUACUUCAGGUCUAUACAAGAUUGCCUGCUGUGCUUCUAAAAAUGUUCAUGUUUUUGCUGUAGCCGUGAUGUUAUAGUCUCAAGAAACUUAGCUAAUUGAUCUGUAGCGCACACAGGAGAUAGUUCUUCAACUGGGCUCUUGAGUUUUCAAUAACAGCUGCAUAGUUUUGGUUCA